ACGACCACGUCAUAAAAUAUAAGCAUUCUUCCGUAAUUAAUUAAAGUGACAUUAGGCUGUCAUUAACCGAUUAAAAAUAUUUUUUAAUCAAGAAGUUAAAACAGAGAAAGAUGGCAUCAUACAUUUUUGUUAUUCUUUUGUAUUCGUUUGGCACAGUGUCUUCUGUCUUAUGGAAUCCUCGCCCAUCGACUGGUAUUGUUAACAUUUCAACAAUAGGGUUUGCUACUAAAUCGACUGAAACAAAAAUAGUGGGAGAAUAUUUUUAUAAAAUAGAUAAUUGGUCCCGCCACAAAUCUGUACUCAGAUUAAAAGACACAGAAAUUACUCUAGACCCAUUUCAAGGAGUAAGCAUUCUCAUAGACCUUAAUCUACAAGUACGUAUAUUUUGGGCUGUAAAUCAAUUGGGUGUGAAUGCUAUCACGUCACAAAUCAAAAACGAUCGAUUAUUUUCAUGCAUGCAAUCAUUUGAAACAGACAGUCGUUCAUACGACGCAACAUCCUUUUUUUUUGCCUCUCAAUAUCGCAAUGUACCCAGUAGUAAUGAUAAAGGCACUUCAACUUUCCAGUCCAUGGCAAUAGGAGUUCCUGCAAAUUUUUAUAUUUACUACGAGUAUGAGAAAAUAGCAUCAGAUAUCGAGUUCCCAACGGCCUUAUAUAUUGCACUUAUUAAAAACGAAAUAUUUAACUAUACCUUCCCAUUAUCGGGAAGAAAACGUUUCCCAGAGAUUGUCAAUCAAACGAAUUGUGGUUCACCCGGAAGGUAUGUGUUUCAUGUCAAAACGAGUAAGAUUUCCACAUCCGCUGCACCAGCAACAACAUUAACAGGUGCAGCAACGACAACAACAACGACUACAGAGGCAGUUACAACGCCCAACAAAACAAUAACGACAACACCGUUAACAACAACAGCAACUGUUACAAACCCGAUAAUAGCAACAACAACAACAACAACAGGACCGACAGCUACAUUGACAGUUACAAUGCCCAACGUAACAACAACAACAGCAGCGUCGACAACUACAGCAACUGUUACAAACCCCAAUGUAGCAACAACAAAAACAACAGAACCGACAAAUACAUCGACAGUUACAACGCCCAACGUAAUAAUAACGACAACAACGUCGACAAUUACAGCAAAUGUUACAAACCCGAAUAUAACAACAACAAUAGGAGCGACAACUACAGCGACUCUUCGACCGUUAAAUAAAACAACAACGGGAACCACAGCAACAACGCCAAACAAAACAACAACAAUUUCAACAACGACGACGACGACGACGACGACGACAAGAACAACAACACCUGCGCCUGUUAUUAUCAAUGGAGGUUGGUCAGAGUGGAUAGUCACUGCUGAAUGCGUGAAACGUAACAACACUUUUGUUCGACCCUCUCGAAGAGAAUGCAACAAUCCAACACCUGUAAAUGGAAAGCACUGCCAGGGAGAAAAUAGAAGAUUCACAGCUUGUACACCAGAACAGAACCCGCCGGUUACACAGUCCACAGAGGCAAAAUUGCAAGGUAGAUUGACGAUUAAAAAUUUAACUAUUAAUGGAAAAACAACAACAAAUCAGGAGCUGCAGCAGAUCAUUGAACAAAAAGGAGAAACAUACAAAAAACUGAAAAACGAAUCUGAAGCAGCAUUGUUGGUGAUCUUCAGGAAAACCAAUCCAAACGUAGUAAGAGUCAUCGUGCAGGAGCUUAAAGUUGGCAGUUUAAUUGUGGAUUACGUGGUAGUGUUUGAUGUUAAAAAGAAAAAUAUAACGAUUGAGAAUCCUAUCAAGAAUACAACUAAUAUAUUCUCAAGUUCAUCAGUAUUCGAAGGAGAAACUUCGCCAAAACUUAGCGAAAUUGCAGAUUACAAUGAAUGCGACGAUCGUGGCUCCUGCGACACAAACGCACAUUGCUUAAAAUUCAAAGGCGUUUAUUCAUACUCAUGUCAGUGCAAAGCUGGAUUUACUGGAACUGGUUUCUCCUGUCAAGCAGUAAAAUCGAAGAAGAAAUCAAGUAAAAGCUUCCUUAUUCUUAUUGUAUUGGUCGUUGUCUCUAUAUUACUGGUGGCGCUGGUAGCUAUUUGUUGUUACAUUCGACUGCAUCAAAAGAAAAAACCUAAAAGGAAAAAUGCUUUUAAAAAAUGGAGAUUCUGUUUUCCACAAUGCAGAAGAGAGCCAAGAAAGUGGAGAUAUCCAAACAGCUCUGAGGAGGAGGGUUAUAACCUUCAAACUCACUAUUCUACGCAUGACUAAUUUCUUUUAGGAAUUUCAACAAUACAAUGCGCUUCGAAGCCAUGCGCAGAGAAAUCGAUCAACGGACAAACAAUGACUUAAUUAAUCUUGAAGCUAGAAAGAUAUGAAGAAGUAGACAAAUUAAUAUUUGUUACUGUGACGUUUAUUUUUUUAUUAUUUUUAUUUAUUUUAUUAAGCGAAUAUUUAUACUCGAUAUACAUGUCAACCUUUGUCAA